UUUAUUUUCAUCCAAUACUGUUGUUUGGAGUUGGAUUUUCUUUUCCUUUUGGAGACGUCCUUUUCCUUUAUGCAGACUUCCAAACAGUUUGAACAACCACUUUUUCAUCGUGGCAGGGUGCUUACAGAUCAAUGCAAUCGAUUCUUGUUAAAAUAAUAACCGAUGAUUGCGUUAGAGACCGAAGAAGAAGAAGAAGAAAAUUAACAAUACCAACAUUUGGUGGAGGGGUGUAAUUGAUGGACUUAAGCCACCCAACAGUACACCCUGUUGGAGACCACCAUGCUGCUGAUUUAGAAGAAGGUCCUAUCACGUUGUUGAAUAUGAAGGAUUUGCCUGGGACUCCAGGGACACUUGGAGGCCUUGUUCUUCGUAUGGGACAGUUUCUAUUUGCUGCAGCUUCAAUUGUAGUUAUGGUCACUGGUGCUGAAUUUGUCAAUUACACAGCUUUCUGCUAUUUGGUUGCUGCAAUGGCCUUACAAUUUUUGUGGAGCUUUAUACUAGCAAUUCUUGAUUUAUAUGCAUUACUCAUAAAGAGAGGCCUUCACAAUUCAGUAUUGCUAAGCUUGUUUGUGGUGGGAGAUUGGGUCACUGCAACAUUGUCACUUGCAGCAGCCUGCUCAGCAGCAGGAGUGACUGUUCUUUUUGAUAACGAUCUAAGCUAUUGCGAUCAAAUACAUUGCCACAGAUAUCAACUUUCUGCUGCAAUGGCCUUCUUGAGUUGGCUAUUGGUCGGAAUUUCAUCUCUCUUAACAUUUUGGCUGUUAGCUUCUGAAUAGCUUUUAUUAUAAUUGAUUUGAACCACAAGAAGUAAAAGAAAAAGGGCACUGUAAAGUAAGCUCCAUCAAAGUAGUUAAGAUAACCUGUUGCUUUGAACAUGUAUCUUAAACCUCUGUCAUAUGUUCAAGUGGCUUGAUUCAAGGGUCUGCAUAUCCUACUCAACCACUAAGCCUUCUCCAUUUAACCUAUACAGUUAUGACUGUUUGUCUCAUCUGCUUCUUGUAGCUGUGUAAGAGGACUUGAAAAUUGAGUACUCAUAUUUUUUCUGCUCAUUAGCUUUUGGGGCAACGCUUUGGAUUGUGAAUAGUUUAUAAGGUGGCAAGUUGAAAUUGUAUUUGAUCUUAUAUUAAAUUAUAAAAGGAGUCUAUUCCAAUUCACAGAAGAUUACAGUUUAUUUA